AUGAUCCAGCCUAGGGUAUCCUCAAUGAUUUUCCUCAGUGUCAUGUUUUUUAUUUGGGCCGAUGCUGGGUUUGGUAAUACCAAGCCAUGUUCUGCAAUGAAUACUUCCACAGCAAGCACAGACAGUUCAGGAACAAAAAAUCAAUCUGCAGAUAAUUCACAAGAGAAGAAAAAUUGCUAUAUGCCUUGUGACUUUCAAGCUAAAGUAAUGCGGGAAGAAAAACAUUAUAUCUGCAGGAAUUUGCAGAGUUCUCUAGUUGAAUACGCAAGAAGUACCAAGAAAAUGAUAAGAAACAUGAUGGAGGACCACCAGUCUUCUCUGGAUUAUCUUUCCAAUCAGAUUAAUGAACUUAUGAGUAGGGUUAUGCAGUUAAAUGGUGAAAUUUCUAGAAGACCCAUGGAUGUAUUUCCUCAUCGAGCGAUUCAGUCUCACGGUUUGGACUGCAGCGAUAUUAAAGACACCAUAGGUACUGUCACAAAAACACCGAGUGGGCUGUACAUCAUCCACCCAGAAGGCUCAAGCUAUCCCUUUGAGGUGUUGUGUGAGAUGGACUUCAGAGGAGGAGGAUGGACGGUGAUUCAGAAAAGAACCGAGGGGAUAGUUCAGUUUCAGAAGACGUGGUCUGACUAUUUGGAUGGAUUUGGGGACCUUUCAGGGGAAUUUUGGCUUGGGCUCCGGAAGGUUUUCCACAUAGUAAACCAGAAAACAGCCAGCUUCAUGCUAUAUGUGGGCUUAGAGUCUGAAGAUGACACGUACGCCUAUGCAUCGUAUGACAGUUUUUGGUUAGAGGAUGAAGCGUGCUCUUUUAAGAUACAUUUAGGACGUUAUUCUGGAAAUGCUGGAGAUGCAUUUCGGGGACUGAAAAAAGAAGAUAACCAGAAUUCGUCCCCUUUUAGUACAUACGAUAUGGACAAUGACGGUUGCAACCCUGCAUGCUCUCUCCAGGAACAACCUAUAAAGAGCUGCAGUAACUUCAGCGAGAAAACCGGCUGGUGGUUCAGCCAGUGUGGCCUCGCAAACCUCAACGGUCUUCAUCGGUUCACGGGGAGGAUGCUGGAGACAGGGAUUCGGUGGGACACCUGGACGGUGGCUGGCGAGCCCGUCAAAAUCAAAUCUGCUUCAAUGAAAAUCAGAAGAACCUAUUUCAGAUAA